CCUAACAGUUGGGGGGGUCUGCGUUGGAGCCGGUCGAUGGGUAUCGACAGCCGGUGUCACGGGGUACUGACGACCAUCACGGACAGCGUUGCUUGUUUCAGAAAAUGGAUGUAUGUACUCGGAUGGAUGUACUUGUCGAGCGGGAUACCUCACAAUCACCAGACAUGAACACCAAACAGCCCUAAACCCCCCAGCCGGUGCCAUCUCCGCUAGCCACAAUGAAUCAGUCGGGUACCUGAGGUGUGAUUUUGCCUUGUUCGGCGAUGCGGGAACAUCCCGUGACUGCCCGCCCGCCCUGGCCGCGCUAACCCAGUCGGGCCUCGCGCCGUCAUCUACUCAACCCUCCGCCUCACUGCGCAUCUACCUGGGCCGGAGCAUCUCUCUCUCGGUCUCGCUCUCUCCUCUCUCAUCACCAUCUUGUCCACCGCCAUUUCGCUUGGUCCUGGUGCGUAGUAUCCGUGCCUCUCAUUUGUCCGUUUUCUCUCCACGUUCCUGCCGUCACAUUACCCCUGCUCUAAUCCGGUCCCCCCCUCAAAAGAGUCCCUCGUGUUUCUGGCUUACGUCUUCCUUCAGGCUACCCCGAGCGUUGCCCUCUGUAUCGCCCAGCCCGUGCCGCCCUUUGCGAGCUGAAAUCAUCCUUUAGAUUGAUUCUCAUCCCCCUAGUGUGGGCUUUCCUGCAAGACGACCUGAUCGCAUACCAUUAUCGCCUCCGUUGGGCUCUCGAGCCAUGUCUGAAUCAACUAGCACAAAUACCCCCAAGCCGAGUAGCAGCGUCAAGCUGGUACUUUUGGGCGAAGCGGCUGUGGGAAAGUCCUCGCUGGUGCUGCGAUUUGUCAACAACGAUUUCCAAGAGAACAAAGAGCCGACCAUUG